AUGGUUUCUACAGAGAUUCAAAAGGAUAUUGUAAACGCUUUUGCAGAAGAAGUGGUGAAAUCUGUUAUAGAAGAAAUUGAUAAUGGAGUGUUUGGUCUAUUAGUAGAUGAAUCUGCUGAUGUCUCUGACAAAGAACAGAUGGCUGUUGUUUUUCAAUUUGUUGAUAAGAAAGGAGCAGUCAAAGAAAGGUUCGUUGGAGUUGUCCAUGUGAAAGAGACUUCUUCUUUAUCGUUGAAGCAUGCUAUUGAUGAGUUGUUUGCUAAGUAUGGACUGAGCUUGAAAAAAAUGGCUGUUGCGAAAAAGAUAUUUGAUAUUGCUGAUUUCUUUGACAUGGUUUUUGUGUUAUUGAAUGUGGUUGGAGCUUCUUGCAAACGAAAAGAUAAGGUCCGGGAACAUUAUCGAGAAGAAAUAAAUGCUGGAAUUGCUAGUGGUGACAUUAACACUAGGAAAGGACUGAAUCAAGAAAUUUCUUUUCAAAGGCCUGGAGCUACAAGGUGGGGUUCUCAUUAUAAAACGCUAUUGCGUUUGGUUGGGUUGUUUUCUACUAUUAUUCAAGUUCUUGAGUAUAUUGAAGAGGAAGGCGCAGAUGAUUCUAAGAGAUGCCAUGCACAUGGUCUUCUCAAGUACGUCCAAACAUUUGAUUGUGUGUUCUAUUUGCAUCUGAUGUCACUUAUUUUGGGAAUAUGUGAGAAUCUAUCGAUGGCUCUGCAAAGGAAAGAUCAAGACAUUUUGAAUGCUAUGUCACUAGUAGAAUCUACUAAGCGGGAAUUACAGAGAGUAAGAAAUGAUGGAUGGGAUUCACUUAUGUUGACAAUUUCUUCUUUCUGUGAGAAACAUGAAACUCAGAUGCUUAAUAUGGAAGAAAUUUUUAUUGAUUCUCGGAGGCCAAGGAAAAAAACCAACAUCACUAAUUUACAUCACUAUAAGGUUAAUUGCUUUAAUGCAACUUUGGAUCUGCAACUUCAAGAGUUCAAUGAUCGUUUUACUAAGGUAAACACUGAGCUGCUUAUUUGUAUGGCUUCCUUAAAUCCUAAUGGUGAUUUUCGUGGAUUUGACAAGUCAAAGUUGGUUAAGUUGGCUAAGUUAUAUCCGGAUGAUUUCAGUUUUAUGGACUGUUUAUCUCUUGAGCAACAACUUGGUAUAUUCAUCGACAAUGUACGACAUAAUCAAUGA